CUCUCCCUCUCUUCACCACACCACCACACCACCACAACUACACACAACCAUACCAUGCACCCACAAUGACAACCCUCAAUUUGAAUACCCUCUUCACCUCCCUCCCCACCAAAAACUGGACCCUCCUCCGAGUCCUCAAAAGCGCCAACCCGCACGACAUCAACGGCAACCUCCACGGCACCGCAUCCUUCACCUCUCUUCCUGACACCACCGUCACCAGCACACAAGAUCCCCCCUCCCCGCAGCGCCAACUCCUCUACACCGAGACGGGCACUCUGCCGCCACACAUCGGACAUAAUCUCCAAUGGAAGAAGAGUUAUAUCUGGAGGUUGAAAUCAUCCCCAUCUACAGCUACAUCCACACCUACAGUUAAGGAUGAUUUAUCCGUCUGGUUUGUGAAAGUGGGUGAUGAGAAGGUCGCGGAUUAUUUGUUUCAUGGGAUGGAGUUUCUUGAUAAUGAUGAAUCUGGGAGUGGUGGGGAUGAGGAUGGGGAUGGGGAGGAGUUUGUGAGUGCGCCGGUGCCGCCGCCGGCGACUAUACCCGGAGGAGGAAAGGGAGGGGAGCAGACGGUGGUGGUUACGGCGAGGGGGAAUCAUCUUUGUAUUAAUGAUAUGUAUCGGACGGCGUAUGCGUUUCGGGUGGUGAAGACUGAGGAGGAUGAUAGUGAUGGUGGGGAUGGGAUUGGGGAGGUGGUUAGUUGGGCGAGUAGACAUGUGGUCAAGGGGCCGAAGAAGGAUCAGGAUAUUGUGAAUUAUUAUACGGUGAGGGAGGGGGUUUAGAUUAUAGAUUGUGGAUUGGGGAAGUGAGUGAUGAUGUUGUUUGGGUUUCUGCUGGAUCUAAUACAGCUACAGCGUGUAUAUAAAGUCUGGCCGCUUGUCUCCAAGCUUCUCGAUCUCCUGUCUCUCCAGUC